UCAUCUCCUUGGUCUUUGAUCUUUGAACUGAAGCAAGGAAAGAAAAAGAGAGCAAAGCAACUUUCAUGGAGUCUCUCCUCUCUAGUUCUUCUCUUCUCUCUGCUGCUGGUGGUGGGCUUUGCUUGAGGAAGCAGAAUCUAAAGCUCCUCUCUUUAUCAGGAAACCGAGUCCUGCGUUGUAAUGUUGUUGCUAAACCAAAGAGUAGUAACAAUCUUGUUACUAGGCUUGAUGGUCAAGAAUCUUCUUCAUUGUUCUUGUUGUGUUCGAGACAUAAGUCUAGGUUUCAAGCAAAUGCCACAACGGGUCAGCCCGAGGCUUUCGACCCUAAGAGCAAACCAAACUCUUUUAGAGACUCUUUAGAUGCCUUUUACAGAUUCUCAAGGCCUCAUACAGUUAUCGGCACAGUGCUUAGCAUUUUAUCUGUAUCUUUCUUAGCAGUAGAGAAGGUUUCUGACAUAUCUCCAUUACUUUUCACUGGCAUCUUGGAGGCUGUUGUAGCAGCUCUCAUGAUGAACAUAUACAUAGUUGGACUCAAUCAGUUGUCUGAUGUUGAAAUAGACAAGGUUAACAAGCCAUAUCUGCCGUUAGCAUCAGGGGAAUAUUCUGUUAAAACCGGCAUUGCGAUUGUAGCUUCCUUCUCCAUCAUGAGUUUCUGGCUGGGGUGGAUUGUUGGUUCAUGGCCAUUGUUCUGGGCGCUUUUUGUGAGUUUCAUCCUCGGUACUGCAUACUCUAUCAAUUUGCCACUUUUACGGUGGAAAAGAUUUGCAUUGGUUGCAGCAAUGUGUAUCCUCGCAGUCCGGGCUAUCAUCGUUCAAAUCGCCUUUUAUCUGCAUAUUCAGACCCAUGUUUUUGGAAGACCAGUCAUGUUCACUAGGCCUCUUAUUUUCGCCACUGCGUUUAUGAGCUUCUUCUCUGUGGUCAUUGCAUUGUUUAAGGAUAUACCUGAUAUUGAAGGGGAUAAGAUCUUUGGAAUCAGAUCAUUCUCUGUUACUCUUGGUCAGGAACGGGUGUUUUGGACAUGUGUUUCACUACUUCAAAUGGCUUACGCUGUUGCUAUUCUAGUUGGAGCCACGUCUCCUUUCAUAUGGAGCAAAGUCAUCUCGGUUGUGGGUCAUGUGAUUCUGGCAACAACCUUGUGGACUCGAGCUAAGUCUGUUGAUCUGAGUAGCAAAACCGAAAUAACUUCAUGCUAUAUGUUCAUUUGGAAGCUGUUUUAUGCAGAGUACUUGCUGUUACCUUUUCUGAAGUGACAUCAGAAAAAGAAGACAAAAGUCAUUAAUGUGCUUCUGUUUUUAUUCAGACAAAGAGUAUGAAACUAGGUAGAGAUUAGGGUUUUUAUCCUUGAAAAACAUCAAUAAACUGCAAAGCAUUGACGAGCAAUUCGGUUGGGAAAUUUAAAAAAGGGGAUUCUUUCUUGUGCAACAA